AUGACUACAGGCAAUAGCGGCAGUCCCAUUUCCAGAUAUACCAAGGACAGAAAAGUUGGGGAAGGUACUUAUGCUGUGGUUUAUCUUGGGAAGCAAGUGAACAAUGACCGGAAGAUCGCAAUCAAGGAAAUCAAAACCGGUCUCUUCAAAGAUGGGUUGGAUAUGUCAGCUAUCAGAGAAGUCAAAUAUCUUCAGGAACUCCACCAUAUAAAUGUCAUUGAACUUAUAGAUGUCUUUACGGCUCAUAAUACCAAUAAUUUAAACUUGGUUUUGGAGUUCUUGCCAGGAGACUUGGAAGUACUCAUCAAGAACACAUCUGUCGUGUUUAAACCAUCAGAUAUUAAGUCAUGGUUACUCAUGACAUUAAGAGGUAUUCACCAUUGCCAUAGAAACUUCAUAUUACAUCGUGAUUUGAAGCCAAAUAACCUAUUGUUAUCCCCCACAGGAGAGUUGAAAAUCGCCGAUUUUGGUUUGGCCAGAGCGAUGGGAAACCCUAACGAGGAUUUGACUUCCAAUGUAGUAACCAGGUGGUACAGGGCGCCUGAACUUUUAUUUGGUGCUAAACAUUAUGUAGAGGCUGUAGAUAUGUGGUCUAUUGGGAUUAUUUUUGCAGAAUUGAUGUUAAGAACUCCCUAUUUACCAGGGAAGGAUGACUUGGACCAGGUAGAUGUAACGUUCAGAGCCCUAGGGACCCCGACAGAACAGAAUUGGCCUAAUGUGUCCAACUUACCUCUAUACAAUGCUCUCAAAGUCUAUCCACCACCUCUGAGACAGGAACUUAGAAACAGAUUCAGUGCAGCAACGGAUACUGCCUUAAACUUGCUUUGCUCUUUGACAGAAUUGAACCCAGGUAAGCGUUGUACCCUGACCCAAGCGUUACUUCAUGAGUAUUUCACCGAAUCACCUGCUCCUACACUCCCGAGUGAAUUACCAAAGAAUGAUGUUGCUGGAGGAGAUAGCGACGACGAUGAACCCGAGAAUAAAAGAAGAAAAGUGUAA